GCCAAAACCGCCCCUCUUUUUUCAAACUAUCAUCGCCACCGUUAACUAUAGAUACAAAUAGAUAGAUAAACACACAGAUAGACAGUCGAAGAGGAGAUGGAAGUGGAGAAGAACAGUUGGAUGGAAUUUGCUAGCGAGCAAGACGACGUUCCACUUCCAGGGUUUCGAUUUCACCCAACUGAUGAAGAACUUGUGGGGUUUUAUCUUCGUCGGAAGGUUGAGAAGAGACCCAUCAGUAUUGAACUUAUCAAACAGGUUGAUAUCUACAAGUACGACCCCUGGGAUCUUCCAAAGGCCAGCAACGUUGGAGACAAGGAGUGGUACUUCUUCUGCAAAAGAGGUAGAAAAUACAGAAAUAGCAUAAGACCUAACAGAGUCACAGGGUCUGGAUUUUGGAAGGCCACUGGCAUAGACAAGCCAAUAUACUCCGGCAAUGGAGAAAGCCGCCAAUGCAUUGGGCUCAAGAAAUCCUUGGUCUACUAUCGCGGCAGUGCCGGCAAGGGCACCAAAACUGACUGGAUGAUGCACGAGUUUCGCCUUCCAACCGAUCAUGACGGCAAAAGUACCCGGCACAUCGAUGCCCGAAACAUCGCUCAAGAAGCCGAAGUUUGGACGAUUUGUCGAAUACUUAAGCGAAACGCAUCAAAUAGAAAGAUCAUGCCAGAUUGGAGAGAAGUGUCUGCUAAAAGAAUUAGCCAUGCCAAUGCAAAUUCUAAAGCCUGCAGCACCGUGGAAUCUGACAGCCCAACUGAGAGCUACAUCAGCUUUGAAGCUCCGGCAAAUCGACCAAAUGAAAAGAACCACUUUGUUAACUAUGUUCCAGAGAGUUACCAGAUGGCCGCCGGCCGUUUGAACCCGGUGUCUCAAGCUCCCGCGACGGUGGCAUACUCUAACUUUUUUAGUCCUGACAUGACCGAGUUCAUCAAGUAUGCAGACUGGGAUGAACUGAGAGCAGUUGUGGAAUUAUCGGUUGAUCCAUUUCCUGCGUAAACGGUUCAAAGUAGAUGCAUUUCAAGUGGUUAUUGUACAACAUAUAACGGAACUCUUGAUUAGUACUGGGAAUAUUUCAUUUUUCUGUUGUUUUAUGAAAGCUUUUCUCCCAUGUGAAUUUGAGAGUAUGAACGCUAAUCUUAUGAUGAUGUGUUUCAGUUUGAAUGUGCAUUUUCAAAGCCAUCCGAACUAACUGAUAAUCCUCUUGUACAAAUUAAUAAGAUUUUGUGGUGAAAUUUUCUUUCGAUA